AUGGAGGCUCUCAAUGAUUUUGCGCAACGCCAAGGAUCAAAUCAUGAUUCCAAGGUAAGCUGCAAGUAUUCCAGAAGAAACUGGAUAGUAAUCUUCAGCAAUAUUCGCAGAUCUCCGGAGAAAUCAAACGCUUCCAUUGUCAUCCAAAGUCAGCAUAUUAAUCUGCAGGCGAAAAUGAAGAGGGAAUCCCUAAAAUGGGGCGCUAUAAAUGUGGCUCUUCUCUCCUUCAUCACUUUCGAUCUCUCCAACAAGUGUCCGGACGCAUUCUCGCGCUGGUUCUACGUGGAAUACGCCGCAGCCGGCGUUCUCUUGCUGAGCAUCAUUUACUACUUCGGCCGGUAUCUCUACUUCCUGUACACUUUCUCGCCUAUCGUGGGCAGUGAGCAGCAGAGGAAGUUGCUGAACUUCGAGGAGAGCGACACGUCGUUUGUCCUGAAGCCGCCUAAGGAGAAAGUCCAGGAUGUCACGUCGUCGCCGGUGAAUGUUUCCGGACUAAGUUGGAAUUCGUCGUUCAAUGACUCCACCACGGCUCUGUCCAGCAGCUGGGCGUACAAUCGAGGGUCUCCUCUGCAGGGCACCUUCAACUGCUCCCGUGGACCACUGAAUACCAGCAACUCCUCACCAAACACCUCAGCGAACUUCGUGUCGCCCUACAAGAAUACUUUCGCUAAGGAUCAAAUGAUCACAGAUGAGCAAUCUCUGCAGAGUUACCUCAAGGAGACGUCCCUGCAGGAAGCCCGAGCGCUCCUCGAGGAGAAUGCUGAGAACAGUCUGGCCAACAACUCCAUAAACUCCUUCUGGAACAACUACAAACUCGAUGACUAUUCUGCUCUCCUGAAGAUGUCCAUCUACCAAUUGUCGCCCACAGCUGCUGCCCCGAAGCCAGGCGCUGUGGACGAGGUGGGAUUCUUCUCGGGCACCGAUCUGAAUGGAUCCUUCGAAGUGGGCAAGAAAGUUUCGUCGGCAAAGCUGUCUCACUACGUGACGAAUCUCAAGCGGUGGAUUUCCUGCACGAUUCUGGAGCCUCUCGUGAGUCAGAUGGACUUCAUUGACAAGGCUUUCCGCGAGAUGGGCUUCACGGAUGUCCAGCUGGGUGGCGUGGGGUUGGAAAGGUUGCGGAAGACGGCGGAGAAUCAGCUUGUUCUCAUGCGUGUUCCGUCAUUGCCACUCGUGACGCCCUUCCUGGAGGUUUCGCCCAAUCAAGAGUAUCUCGUGCAUCGCAUCAGAGACUUGUCGCGCGGCACUUGCAUCGCCGACUAUCGCUGGAAUGCCGGCGCUGUGCUGAACACGCACAAGUGGGAUGAACAUCUGCCCACGGACUCCGCCAUCAUCUUCCAUCUCUUCUGCACGUACUUGGACAGCCAACUCAUGCCGCUGCCGCAGCCCGGCGGAAGGCCGUUCAGCGAUCGAUACGUGAUCGUGGGAGACAAGAAGUCCCAGAAGGAGACGCUGGCGGAGGUGCGCAACAAAUCCAAGUGUGCCAUUCUCUGCACAAAUCCCAUCAAGCCAUUCUUCAAUUUCAUCUCUGACGACAAGAUUCACGAGUCUGUUCACGACCGCAACAACUUAUUUCAUGUGCUCACCAGAUUCAUCAUCCACAUGAAGACUCACCACGAAGGACUCCUAGAGGGCGUAAACCUGGGCAAGAGCGGCAUCAAUAUUUUGUGUGUGGUGGAAGACUGACCGUUCAUUGGUUAAUAAAUUUGAAUUUCUCAC